UAACAUGCGACUGGAAAAAUUUAUUGUGCCUACCUGGUAUAUGUCUAUAUUGUGAUUUAAAAGAUCCAAUUCUCUUAAUUAGCACCGUGGAUUUUAAACUUCACGCUGUUCUUUAAAGAGUGGAGGUGUAAAUUUGUGUUACAACAAAAUUGUGGUUCGUUGUUCGGGUAGUGUGGUCUUGCGAUAGAGUUGAUAAAAGUGUUGAGUUAACUAUGUCACAAUUUAAUAAAGAAAAAAUGUUUUGGAGUGAUUCAUUUAGUAACUUACUGGUAAUAACAAUAAUGAUAAUUCUACUGUAUUUCAAAAACUAUUUCAAAGCUGUGUACUUGGCACUUAGACUUCCUGGACCACCGAUUCUUCCUUUACUAGGCAAUGUUCUGCUUGUUACAAAUAGUAAAAAAAUGGAAGCUAUCGCUAUAAAAAUGCCUGAAUUAUACUCUCCCGUUAUGAGAAUUUGGAUAUCCAUGAUUCCAUUUUUUCUGGUGUAUGAACCCAAACAUUUGCAAAUUGUUCUUGGCAGUAACAAAUAUUCAACUAAAAACAUGUUGUAUUCACUUUUACAUAACUUUAUUGGAGAUGGUCUAAUAACCAAUACAGGAGAAAAAUGGAAAUUACAUCGAAAACUAAUUCAGCCGUAUUUUCAUAUUAAUGUUCUAAAAGUCUAUUUCGAUGCUUUCUUUAAAUAUUCCACAGUCAUGGUGGCAGAUUUGGAACAAGAGACUGAUGUCAACGUGGUAAAAUUUGCAAACAGAUUUGUUUUAGAUGUUUUACAAGAUACUAUACUAGGACUUCCUGCAAGGACCGAUCAAUCUCCAUACAGAAAGGGUAAACUUUUUAUGCCAUAUCGCAUAACGAGACCGUGGCUACUUUUGCAAACUCUUUUUAAAAGAACAGAAUUUUCAAAGCAAGAAGCCGAACACCAAGUUCUGUUAAGAAACUACACAAGGAAAAUUUUAGAAAAUAAGAAGAACUCUUUUGGGUGCAGUAACUUUUCUGUUAAUAAUCUAAUGGAAAUGAUGAUAGAAAUUUCUAAAGAAAAUGAAGAAUUUACGGAAGAAGAUAUUAUUAACGAAGCGUGUACCUUCAUGUUGGCUGGUCAAGAUUCCAUUGGAGCUGCAUUAACGUUUUCUCUUUACUUUCUUGCUCUGCACCAAGACGUUCAAGACCGAGUAAUGGAUGAAUUAAAAAGUAUACUCAAGGGUGCUAAUCGUCCAAUAACAUUUGAAGAUGUAGGUGAAAUGAAGUAUCUAGAACAGUGUAUUAAAGAAACACUGAGACUGUGUCCAAGCGUACCAAUUAUUGCCAGAGUACUAACUGAAGAUUUGUCUCUAGGAAAAUAUGUGUUACCCGCAGGAGCCAAUGUUUUAGUAGCGCCUUUUGCCACGCAUCGCUUGCCACACGUUUUUCCAGAUCCAUUAAAAUUUAAUCCUGAUCGAUUCUCAACAGAAAACAAGUCGCAGAUUCAUCCUUAUGCAUAUAUUCCGUUCAGUGCAGGACCGAGAAAUUGUAUUGGUUACAAGUUUGCCCUAAUAGAACUGAAAACAGUCAUAUCACAAAUAUUAACAAAAUAUCAUUUAACACUGGCUCCUGGACACGAAAAACUAAAUUUUUCUUAUAGGAUAACUUUAAAAGCAAAAAAUGGAAUUUGGUUGAGGCUGAGGAAGAGAUGUGAAAAUUAGCUAACAAAACGUUUUUGAUACUACUUAUAUUUUGUAGCGUAACGCUUAUUUACAAAUUUUAUAUAUGCAAUAGAUAUAGAGAUGUAUUGAUAAUAUUUUUACAGCAGUUAUGUUGUCAUACUUUAAUUUACAUUCUAUAAAAUGAAAAUAAAUGUUUACUCUGUCAUAAAUUAA